GCUGUCACAUUAGUUUGUGUAUUUGUGACGAGAAAAUCUUGUGUCGGGAAUUUGGAGUUCUUCAUCAGCCCCGCCUUUGAGUGCAAUUUUUAUCUUUACUUUCGCCAUUGUUGUGCGCUCAAGAGUGAUGACAAUUGAAGCAACAUGACCGAAAAGAUAACACUAGCCGAUGCGCUGUCCAAUGUGGAAGUGCUGGACGAGAUUCCCUUGCCCGAUGAGCAACCCUGCAUAGAGGCCCAGCCCUGUUCGAUUAUCUACAAAGCAAAUUUCGAUACGAAUUUCGAAGAUCGCAAUGGCUUCGUUACAGGCAUUGCCAAGUACAUCGAGGAGGCGACAACGCAUGCCAAUUUGAACGUUCUCUUGGAUGAGGGGCAGAAACAUGCUGUGAUGUUGUACACCUGGCGUUGCUGCUCCCGCGCCAUUCCACAGCCCAAAUCCAAUGAGCAGCCAAAUCGUGUGGAGAUCUAUGAGAAAACCGUCGAUGUUCUGGAACCGGAAGUGAAUAAAUUGCUGAAUUUCAUGUACUUUCAACGCAAAGCAAUUGAGGCAUUCUCCGGGGAGGUGAAACGUCUGUGUCAUGCCGAGAAACGCAAGGAUUUCGUUUCGGAAGCAUAUCUGCUGACCCUGGGAAAGUUCAUUAAUAUGUUUGCAGUACUUGACGAAUUGAAGAACAUGAAGUCGAGCGUGAAAAACGAUUAUUCAACAUACCGACGAGCAGCGCAGUUCUUGAAGGUGAUGUCGGAUUCGCAUACGCUGCAGGAGUCCCAAAAUCUAUCCAUGUUCUUAGCAACACAGAACAAGAUACGUGACACUGUAAAAGAUACACUGGAAAAGAUUGUGGGCUACGAGGAUCUGCUGUCGGAUGUUGUGAACAUUUGUGUACAUAUGUUCGAAACGAAAAUGUAUUUGACGCCCGAGGAGAAGCAUAUGCUUGUAAAAGUCAUGGGCUUUGGCCUCUUUCUAAUGGAUAGCGAUGGCUGCAACAUCAAUAAACUGGAUCAGAAGAAGAAGAUCCGUCUGGAUCGCAUCGAUCGUAUCUUCAAGAACUUGGAAGUGGUUCCGUUGUUUGGCGAUAUGCAAAUCGCUCCCUUCAACUACAUCAAGCGAAGCAAACACUUUGAUUCCAGCAAGUGGCCGUUGUCCAGCUCGAAUGCCAUCAGUCCCCAGGCUGAUCUAAUGGUACAUCUGCCGCAGAUACGCGAGGAUCACGUCAAGUACAUUUCAGAACUGGCACGCUACACCAAUGAGGUCACAACCACGGUCAAGGAGAAUCCCUCAGAUGCUGAGAAUCGUAUUACCGCUGACUUGGCGCUAAGGGGACUGCAGCUGCUCUCGGAAUGGACCAGCGUGGUCACCGAACUGUAUUCGUGGAAGCUGUUGCAUCCCACAGAUCAUCAUCAGAACAAAGAUUGCCCCGUUGAGGCCGAGGAAUACGAACGCGCCACACGCUACAAUUACACAUCGGAGGAGAAGUUCGCCCUGAUCGAGGUGAUUGCCAUGAUCAAGGGCCUGCAGGUGCUAAUGGCACGUAUCGAGACAGUUCUAUGCGAGGCCAUUCGUCGCAACAUCUACUCGGAACUGCAAGACUUUGUGCAGUUAACCCUGCGUGAACCAUUACGGAAAGCGGUCAAGAACAAGAAGGAUUUGAUUCGCAGCAUCAUUAUGUCGGUGCGUGAAACAUCUGCAGAUUGGCAAAAGGGCUACGAGCCCACCGAUGAUCCCGUUUCCAAGGGCAAAAAGGAUCCCGAUGGCGGUUUUCGCAUUCAUGUGCCGCGUCUGAAUGUUGGACCCUCCUCCACUCAGCUGUACAUGGUGCGCACGAUGUUGGAGUCACUGAUUGCGGACAAGAGCGGCGGCAAGCGCACGCUGCGAAAGGACAUCGAUGGCAAUUGCCUCAUGCAGAUUGACACGUUCCACAAGACUUCAUUCUAUUGGAGCUAUCUGCUCAAUUUGAGUGACACAUUGCAAAAGUGCUGCGAUUUGUCGCAACUUUGGUAUCGCGAAUUUUAUCUUGAGAUGACCAUGGGACGCAAGGUGAACAAGUGCAUGGUGCGGCAUCAGCACAACGAGGAAUGCAAGGAUUUGAUAACUAUGGAGAAACGCAUACAGUUUCCAAUUGAAAUGUCAAUGCCGUGGAUUUUAACUGAUCACAUUUUACAGACCAAGGAACCCUCUAUGAUGGAAUUUGUCUUGUAUCCCUUGGAUUUGUACAACGAUUCAGCGCAUUAUGCACUCACAGUCUUCCGCAAGCAAUUCCUCUACGACGAAGUGGAGGCAGAGGUCAACUUAUGCUUUGAUCAGUUUGUUUACAAAUUAAGUGAACAAAUCUUUGCGCACUACAAACAACUGGCGGGCAGCAUUUUCUUGGACAAACGUUUCCGUUUGGAGUGUGAAGUGCUCGGCUUCAAUUUCCAAUCGUAUCCACGCAAUAAUCGUUAUGAGACGCUGCUUAAGCAACGACACGUUCAGCUCUUGGGUCGCUCCAUUGAUCUGAACAAGUUGAUCACACAACGCAUCAAUGCAAACAUGCACAAGAGCAUCGAAUUGGCAAUCAGUCGCUUUGAGGGCAAUGACAUCACCGGCAUUGUGGAACUUGAGGGGCUUUUGGAGGCUAAUCGCAUUUGCCACAAAAUGCUAAGCAAGUACUUGGCUUUAGACAACUUUGACGGCAUGGUGAAAGAGGCUAAUCAUAAUGUCCUGGCACCUUAUGGUCGCAUUACAUUGCACGUAUUUGUGGAAUUGAACUAUGACUUUCUCGUUAAUUACUGCUAUAAUGCAGCCACAAACAGGUUUAUUCGCACAAAGGUCAAUUUAUCAUCGUCACAGGCAAUACAGCGCGAGAAGCCGCCGCAAAUGUCGCAUUAUUAUCUAUGGGGCUCGAAGCAAUUGAAUGCGGCAUAUUCCACACAGUACGGACAAUAUACUGGCUUUGUGGGUGCACCACAUUUCCAUGCCAUGUGCCGAUUGUUGGGCUAUCAGGGCAUUGCUGUAGUCAUGGACAUCAUACUGAAGGACAUUGUGAAGCCACUCAUUCAGGGCUCAUUACUGCAGUUCACCAAAACGCUAAUGAUUGCCAUGCCCAAGUCUUGCAAAUUGCCACGCUGUGAGUACGGCUCACCAGGCGUGCUCAGCUACUAUCAAGCUCAUCUAACGGACAUUGUGCAAUAUCCGGAUACGAAGACUGAACUGUUUCAGUCGUUCAGAGAGUUUGGCAACUGCAUCAUCUUUUGUCUACUGAUCGAACAGGCUUUGUCGCAGGAGGAGGUCUGCGAUCUGUUGCAUGCAGCGCUCUUCCAAAACAUUUUUCCACGCCCAUUCUGCAAAGAGAAUGAAAAGCCCGAGGCUAAGCAGAAGCGUCUUGAGGCGCAAUUUGCCAACUUGCAAAUUGUGUCCAACGUUGAGAAAAUUGGCACAGCCAAGCAAGCAAUGAUUGCGCGCGAAGGAGAUCUGUUGACCAGGGAGCGCCUCUGUUGCGGUCUGAGCAUCUUUGAGGUGAUCUUAAAUCGCGUCAAGAGCUAUUUGGAUGAUCCAGUGUGGUGUGGACCUCCGCCAGCCAAUGGCAUAAUCCAUGUGGAUGAAUGCUCGGAGUUUCAUCGACUCUGGUCAGCUUUACAAUUUGUCUAUUGCAUCCCUGUGCGUGGCACGGAAUACACCAUUGAAGAGCUGUUUGGCGAAGGCCUCAACUGGGCUGGUUGCGUUAUGAUUGUGCUGCUUGGCCAACAGCGUCGCUUUGAAGCUCUGGACUUUUGCUAUCACAUUUUGCGAGUGCAGCGCGUCGAUGGCAAGGAUGAGGAUGUGAAGGGCAUUCAAUUGAAACGAAUGGUGGACCGCAUACGACGCUUCCAAGUAUUAAAUUCACAAAUAUUCUCAAUACUAAACAAGUAUCUUAAAGGUGGCGAUGGUGAGGGCUCAAAUGUGGAGCACGUACGCUGUUUUCCGCCGCCACAACAUCCAUCAGUUAUAUCAUCGUCGUCACACUAUCAGGAUCCACAAAAGCUGCGGCAGAGCAUGAACAAUUGAUAGCAUUACCAUGAGAUGCAUUUAAGCUAAACACACAAAAAAAAAACACUUAAUUUAAAUAUUUAACCACAAUUACAAAGCUAUCCUAACGCUAUUUGAGGGCAUAUAUCCAAGAAAUUCUUCGUCUCGAUGAAAUGCCUGGGAAAAAUACAUUCGAUUUUAUUACUAUUGUUAUUCCUUUUGAUUACAUUUUCUUUUUGAUUUGUUUAUUGUGGUAUAUUGCUCUAUUACAUACGCUAUAUGUAAAUUGUAUUAAGCAAGCAAUUAUAUUAUAUACUACUAUAUUCAUAGAUUUAUAAUUAAUUCCAAGCUACAAUCGAUUGCAUUCUCUGUAUGUACUAUUUCAA